UUAUGUUAGUAAGCCGAAAAAAACUGUAGGAUGCAUAGAAGCAGUAAAGAAAGAUGCCAACAAAAUAGGUGUUACAGAAGAAAUAAUACAUGACAGGAAGCACGUCUGGCUACUGAUAGAAAACUCAAACUAUGAAGAAGAUUAGGCAAAACGUCAACCCAAGAGAGUGUGGACAGAUGAGCAGAGACGGGCAGUUGGGGAGAAAAUGAAGUAGUACUGGGAAGAACGGAAAAAAAGAAACACCAUAAGUCUUAUUUGUAUGUGGUCCAUAGCUGGCCAAAUUCAUAAAUUAAAAAAAAAAGAUUGUCCAGCUAUCAUCAGCAAAUCACAAGCUCCGGUAAGAAGGGAGAAGGAAGAUAAUAUUCGGGAAAUACAGCACUGUUACAGGGUUAGUUUUGGAAAAGAAAUUUCAGAUUGACAGAUUACGAAAAAACUGCACAAUAUGAAGUCACUCAUCAAGUCUAAGACAGAUGUAAAUAAGACGGGCAACAUUAAGAUCUACCUAAAAAAUUUUUGCAACCCAACUAUCCACAGAACUCCUGGAGCUUGUGCUGGUUUCACCUCUGUUAUCAUACCUUUCUCAGGGAGUAGUUCUGAGGUAAUUGAUACCGAUUACACAUUCUUCGAACCACAAUCAGUUUUGCAGCAACUGCAAAUUGUUGCAGCAGGUGAUACAGAUCUGCUGGGCCCAAAAGUCAAUAAACCUGCUCAAUCACCUGUUUUGGGAGGCGAGAGUGUGUUGAAACAAUGGAGAUUGAGCAUAGAAACUGAUGAGAUAAUGAAUUUGUCCAGUUCAGAGCUGCAAAGGCUGGUGUUAUCAUACCAGUUAGAUAUCAUGAAGAGAAAGCAGCAGAAAUUGAUGUGCCAAGAACAAGAUAAACAAUAGAAUGCUUUGUGUAAUGUCAUA